AUGUCCACGUCGCGCGCGAUGUCCAUCUCGCGCGCGCGAUCGAGCGAGCGCGCGGGGUGUCGCGCCAUCGUCUGGUGCGUCGUCCUCUUCACCUCGCUCUCCGUGAGCGCAUCCAUCGUGUUGUGGGAAACGAAACUCGACGCGACGGGCGAUUCGAUCGGGGCCAAACGCGCGGUGACGCAAGGUGUGAUCGUGGCGUUAGCGGUCAUCGGGUUGGCGUGCGCGUGGGCGACGCGCGCGGGAGAUCCGGGGGUGGUGACGCCGAGCGCGGAGGACGACGCCGCGGCGCGCGUCGUCGAACGGUUGGACGAAACGAUCGCGCGGGAGGUGGAGAAGGAGACGAACGCGGUGAACGCGGUGGAAUCGUACACGGAGAGGCUGCGGGCGUGCAUUCGACGCGCCGUGAGCGAGGACGCGGAGGCGAGCGCGCUCGGGAUGGAUAAGGAAUUCGACGGAACGUGGACGAAACUCGGCGCGGGCGAGGGGGCGAGACGGGUCAAAUUUUGCGGCACGUGCAAGGUGUGGCGCCCGCCCGCGUCCACGCAUUGCUCGAGCUGUGACGUGUGCGUGCGAAGAUUUGACCAUCACUGCGGCGUUCUCGGUAAUUGCAUCGGUGAGUACAACCAUCGAUGGUUCGUCGGCUUGCUCGCGAGCUCGGCGGCCAUGGGAGCGCUCAUCUUUGUCGUCUCGGCGUACACGCUGGCGAAGAUUUCGAAGAACGAGUGGCGCUCGUCGGCGUAUCCGUACAUGCUCCUCGCGUGCACGUGUGCGGGACUCCACGUCUUGGGCCUCAUCGCCUUCGCGUGGAUGCACGUGGGGCUCUUCGUCUUUGACGUCACGACAAAGCACGUCGUCACGCGCCCGCGCGGGACGUCGAUUCUGGACGUCAGGCGUGAAUAUUCCUCCAACGCGUCGUGUUACGGUCGUUGCUGCGCCGUUCCAUUCCGUCUCAAGAGCGCUGCGAUGCGGGAGUUCCGGUCGCGCAGACCGCGCGCGAGCGAGGCGUGUUGA